CCCGCCGUGACGUUGCGCGCCGGUCCCCCUCCGGCGCGCCUGGCUGCGGACGCUCAGUCCGAGGCGGGGAGGAGCGGCGGGGAGGGGCCCGCGCAGCAACGCGCUGUCGCCGCCGCCCGCUCGGCGCUCGGCUUUGUGGCCAGCGAGCCGGCGCGGGGGCCACGCGCGGCCGCAGCUCCCGCUCGCCCCCUCCGCGCCCGCUGCCGCGCCCGGGGCGGGGACCCCGGCGGGGGCGCCUGCAGCCGCUGCCCCGCGCCGUGGCCGGGGCCGCGGAGCCCUCGGCCGCCGCCGGCCUCCCCGCCCCUGACCACUCGCUUCCCGGCUGCCUUUGUGGCCGCAGCGCCUCGCCGCCGAGCCCGGGCCGGCGGGGGCGCGGCGCACGGCCGAGCCAUGCCCAGCUCGUUGUUCGCGGACCUGGAGCGCAACGGCGGCGGCGGGGGCGGCGGCGGGGGCGGCGGCGGGGGCGAGACCCUGGACGACCAGCGUGCGCUGCAGCUCGCGCUGGACCAGCUCUCGCUGCUCGGGCUGGACAGUGACGAGGGCGCCGCGCUCUAUGAGAGCGAGCCGCGCAAGAAGAGCGUGAACAUGACCGAGUGCGUCCCGGUGCCCAGCUCCGAGCACGUCGCCGAGAUCGUGGGGCGGCAAGGUUGUAAAAUCAAAGCGCUGCGCGCGAAAACCAACACUUACAUCAAGACCCCGGUCCGCGGGGAGGAGCCCGUCUUUGUUGUGACGGGCAGGAAGGAGGAUGUGGCCAUGGCCCGGAGGGAGAUCAUCUCAGCCGCAGAGCACUUCUCCAUGAUUCGUGCCUCCCGGAACAAGAGCACGGCGCUCAACGGCGCGGUGCCCGGCCCCCCCAACCUGCCGGGCCAGACCACCAUCCAGGUGCGCGUGCCCUACCGCGUGGUGGGACUGGUGGUGGGGCCCAAGGGUGCCACGAUCAAGCGCAUCCAGCAGCAGACGCACACGUACAUUGUGACGCCCAGCCGCGACAAGGAGCCCGUGUUCGAGGUGACAGGCAUGCCCGAGAACGUGGACCGCGCCCGCGAGGAGAUCGAGGCGCACAUCGCGCUGCGCACCGGCGGCAUCGUGGAGCUCACGGAGGAGAACGACUUCCACGCCAAUGGCACGGACGUGGGCUUCGAGCUGCACCACGGCGCCGGCGGGGCCGGCCCGGGCAGCCUGUGGAGCAAGCCCACGCCCACCCCGAGCCGCAAGGCCUUCUCCAGCUACCGCAACGACAGCUCCAGCUCUCUGGGCAGCGCCUCCACCGACUCCUACUUCGGCGGGGGCACGGGCGGCAGUGCCGCCGCCACCCCGCGCCUCGCGGACUACAGCCCCCCCAGCCCCGCGCUCAGCUUCGCGCAGGGCGACGGCCACAACGGGCACGGCUACGCCUACCCGGCCGGGGACGCCCCCGCGCCCUCGCCCGACGCUGGCACCGAGCUUCCACCCACCUUCGACCCGGCUCCCGCGCCGCCCGCUGGGGCGCCCCUGCUCUGGGCCCAGUUCGAGCGGUCUCCGGGGGGCGGCCCGGCCGCGCCAGUGGCCUCCUCCUGCUCCUCGUCCGCGUCCUCGUCCGCGUCCUCCUCCUCCGUGGUCUUCCCCGGGGGCGGCGCCGGCGCGCCCCCCAAUGCCAAUCUGGGGCUGCUGGUGCACCGCCGGCUGCACCCGGGCGCCAGCUGCCCGCGCCUGUCGCCACCGCUGCACAUGGCCCCUGGGGCCGGCGAGCACCACCUGGCGCGCCGCGUGCGCAGCGACCCGGGCGGUGGGGGCCUGACCUACGCCGCCUAUGCCAAUGGGCUGGGGGCGCAGCCGCCCGACACGUCGGGCUCGUCCUCGUCGUCCAGCUCCUCCUCCAGCUCCUCGUCCUCGUCGUCGGGGCUGCGCCGCAAGGGCAGCCGCGACUGCUCCGUGUGCUUCGAGAGCGAGGUGAUCGCCGCGCUGGUGCCCUGCGGCCACAACCUCUUCUGCAUGGAGUGCGCCAACCGCAUCUGCGAGAAGAGCCAGCCCGAGUGCCCCGCGUGCCACGCCGCCGUCACGCAGGCCAUCCGCAUCUUCUCCUGAAGCCACGUGCGCGCCCGGCCC